UCUCUCUACCAGUUUUCUGUGCUUCAAUCAAUUCCUCCAAUCUUCUAUUCUUUUCUUCUUCAUAUUUUCUAUUACAUUUUCUUUUUGUCAAAAAUUCUCAUGGAAACUCCAUCAUCUGUAAGAAUGUCCACAAGAUCGCAUACCAAAGCCGCCGCCUCCGCCUUGUCUGGAACAAAGAAAUUUGAAGAAUCGAAACAAAAGAAAACUGGGCUGUUCGACAUAACAAAUGAUUCUCCCAUUGUGGGUCUUGCUGCCGGAAGCUUAAAAACUCCGUCUUCUGAUAUGUCUAGGAAGAGGAACGUCAAUCGAUGUUGGGAAAUUAGAACUCCUGGAUCUGGUGAAGCUUUAUUGAGAGGUCAAGUUAAGACCCUUUUGCAGAAAGUGGAAGAAGAAGCGGAGAUAACUAAGAUCUCACUUAAUUUCCAUGGAUUCGUCAUGAACUCUACUUCUUCGGGUAUUGUAGCUCCAGCCAAUACCCCUCAAGUUCCACGCCUUUUAGAUCAGGACAGCUUCAAAGAUGCUUGCUUUGGUUCAGUCACGAUUUCACCUGUCAAAGAAAAUUCCAAGAUCUCUAAGUGGGUGAGUGAGAUAUUUGAUGAAGGAAAGAAGCAGGAUGGUUCUGACAUAGUUAGUAGAUCAUUGCUUUCUGAAUUUUCAGACAAAGCAGAAGGUUAUUCAUCAUCAGAAACAGGAAUCAAGACUCCAUCAUCAACAUCAGAGGAUGACAAUUCUUCUGUUUGGUCUCUUCAAGUGAACGCAAGCAUUAGGGAUGAUGAAGAAGAAGAAGAAGAAGAUGAUUACUACGAAGAAGAGCUUCUCGACGAGCUGUGCAAAGGGAUAAGCAAGAUGAAGGUAGGCGGAAUGCACACCAGAUUUGUAUACGACAGUGAGGAUGAGCUGGUGAAGGAAGAAAAAGAGGCUGUGGCUGAAGGUGUAUUGAAGUUGAAGGGUUUGCCGACUCCUCAAGGGAAACACCUGCGUUUCCCACAAGAGGAAGACGAAGAAGAGAAAGGAAAUUGAAUGGGAGAUUUGUGUUUUUUGUUCUUUUUCAUUUUUACUUGUUAAAGGGAUCAUAGUUGCCAUAUGGUCACAAUUGGGGAUAUUGAUAAACAUGUUUUUCCUUGUUAUUUC